GCCCCUGCCUGUGUGGUUCGCCGGCGCGGGAAGGAAGAGAAGCUUAGGAGAAGUUUCAUAGCGGGACUAUGGACGAGGCCAGCGGAGACGAGACCACCCGGCGGCUGCUCCGGCAGCAGUACCGGGAGCUGAUCGCGGAUGUUCAGCAGAAUCGUGAGAUGAUGCUGAGUACCAGAAAUGAUAAACUGACUGAAAGUCUAGAAGAAGCCAACAAACUGUUCGUUGCAGUGUCCCGGGCCAGGGAGGCUGCUCUGGAUGCGCAAUUCCUAGUUUUGGCAUCAACUCUGGGAAAGGAAAAAGCAAGCCAGUUGCAAUCAGACAUGACUGUAUUUGAUCCAUCUGCUUUUGCUGAAGAUCUAUUAUCAUUUAUGGGUUUAAAUCGUCUAGAUGGAGGUGAAAGUGAUAGUGACAAUGAGCAGCUUGCCAGUGGAUAUUUGCCUAGCAAUGCUUGGCAUACACUUGGUGAAGAAGCAAAAAAGUACUUUAGAAGAGCACCUACUUUCCACUUCAUGUUGGGAGCUUUCACUGCUGAUCCUCCUGUUCAAAGGCCACGGAUUGAGAGGCAACAGAAGAAAGCAGGGCCAGAUGAAAGAAGGGCAAUGCCUAAACAGCUGGAAAAGAUGGAAGAAUCUCACCAGGAAGCCACAGAAAAAGAAGUAGAGAGGAUCUUAGGAUACUUACAAUCCUUUUUCAGACAAGACCCUGGUGUCCCAAUAUCCUUCCUUGAGUUUGUGACUGAUCCAGAUUCUUUUGCUCGUACUAUUGAAAACAUGUUUCAUGUAUCCUUCCUAAUAAGGGAUGGCCUUGCAACAAUCAAGCUUGAUGAUGACAGGCUUCCUAUAAUAGAACCUUUAUACCCAGAGGAAGGAGAAAACAAUCAGGAUACCCAGGCACGGAAGCAAGCAGUCAUGUCAAUGAGCUUUCAAGAAUGGCAGAAUAUUGUGCAGACUUUUGAAAUUUCACAACCCAUGAUUAUGCCAGCUACACCGGCAAAAAAGUGAGAUGGAACAAUUCUGAAAGGUAUUCCAUGUUCCAUUGAGAGGAUUAGUAUUAGGCACUUACCUAUUGAAUUUUCUACCCAUAGAAGUCAAUCCUUGUUCAAGAAGCACAGUACUUGCUCAAACAGGGAACAUGUUGGUGUUUUUUCCACCAGAUUUUUUAAAUGAGAUGUGAUGUUCUCUUUGGUAUGACAUAUUGAUAGUUCUCUGUUUGUGGCUUGAUUACUGCUUAUGUACUAUAACAAUUUGUUAGAAAUUAAAGUUAUAUUUAUAUUAUUGUAUAUGAGUCUUAUAUUUAUGGUGUUUCCUCCCAUUAUAUAUCUUCU